AGAGCACUCGUGUCGGCAUUGAACAAAGUUUCUGUCUCUGUUUAAGCCCAAAACAGCUGAAGAAGAGCCGUUGGGAAAUAAAUGACAGCGUUAUAUACACGUUUUCCUUCUUAAAUGAAUGAAAGGUUAAGGAGGACACUUGCUCACCUUGCGGCUGGAAGCGACACCUGCCUCAGGUACUUUCAUGAAAAAGCUGCGAAGGGCGUUGAACAGAAGUGGUACUCUCAUCUUCCACAUUUGGACUGCACCCUUCCUGUCUCAGACUAAGUGGAUUCAAGUGGAGCAUUUAAAGCUAUGUGCUCCAGUGGGCAGCCUCUGUGUUCAGGAAGUAGGCGUGCACCCACCAAUGAGGGCAGUAGCUCAGGCGCCCAGUAUGCUCUUUGUGCGUUGGGGAUGGGUUUGGUGGCACUUGGAGUUGUCAUGAUUGUGUGGACGAUAGUCCCUUCAGACGCGGCACGUCCACGCAAUGGUACGACUGUAAGUCCUGGUAAAGGUAACGAUGCAAAGACUUCGUCUGUUGCGUUUGUGCUGGUGGGCUCUGGUAUAGCCAUGUUGCUCCUGGCAAUAUGUUUGGGAGUGAGAAACAAGAAGAGGACGAGACGCGGUCAAAAUGCAGGCAUAGGCAGUCCUGGCUAUGUGGCCCCUAGAGACCCUGCGGCGUCAAAUGAAGAGCCAGUACCCACCUUUGAUGUACCCACCUAUGAGGAAGCGGUGACCAGUGGACAGUACCCUAUCCGACAAAGCAAUUUGAGACAGAGCUACCAGCUACCCUCGUACGAAGAUCUGAUUGCUGCUGUUGAAAAUGAAGGCCAGCAACCAAGUGGAGGUAAUGGCCAAGAGGCUCCUGCCCCUGAACCCCAGCCUGCAGCGGCCAGUUCCCAGCCAGCACGCACCAGCAGCAGGGCUAGUCGUAUCCUUAGACCCCUCAAAGUGCGCAGAAUCAAGUCAGAGAAACUCCAUCUGAAAGAUGUUCGCUUGAAUAUCCAAAAUCCUCCACAAGGACGGGUGGUGACCAUUGAACCACUGACCCCUCCACCACAAUAUGAGGACAAACCACCGCAACUCACGGCAGAUCCAGUACAAUGAUUUCAUCAUUGGAUUUACCCUUUACUGCAGAUUUUUUGAUGAUGUGCAUCCACCUGUUGCAUCUGUGGCUUGUUUACGCCUGUGCGCCAUUUUGCAGGCUAAUGCACAGAUGAGUACCAGGCCAAAGGGAGAAGUUUUAGUGAGGGCUAUAAAAUCUGACAAAUGAUGAAAUGGGAUACAUUCACAAGCUCUCAAUGCUUAUUGCUAAAGCCUACUUGAAUGUGUUUUUAAGAGAACUUUUUUUAUUUAAAAAAGUAGUGCAUUUUUGUUUGUUUAUUGUUUGUUUAAUACAGAAGGAUAGGAAUGAAACAAUGUGAAGUGUGUGCUUCCAAAUCUGCACUGUGCAUUGCAAAAACAUCCCUUUAAAUUCCUUUGGGUUGUCAUGGACAAGUUGAAACACCAAGCUUCAGGACUGCUGAUAUUUCGUAUUAAAAAAAAUGUUGUGUUUUUUUUAAACGUUUCUCCAUGUAUUUUUUAAAACUAAGAUGACCUAAUAAAAUUGAACAGGAUUUUGUGCUACUGGUAUGGCCAUGAAAUGCAGGGAUGAAAGAGUUAAUGCACUCUUUUUUGGACGAUGAUGGCCACCAUAUUAAAUCGGUCACUAUCUGCUUAAAUAAGUUCAAAGGAUAAUAAUACAAUAAUUAAUUCAGUAUGUGUUUAUAAUUAAUAUAACAAUUUAUCACUGUGUAUUUAGUUUAAAAGUAACUUUGUUUUUGUCUGAAUGAAGUGUAUACUAUAUUUUAAGUCUUAAAGCAAAGACUUGCUUUUGAAUAGAACAGAAAAAUCUUAAUGAAACGCAUAGGAAUAUUUAAUGUAACUAAGCUUUGAAAACUCAGAACAAAUAAAAUCAUGCAAUAAUUUUAUAAAGGUGAUCUGAAUGACCAUCCGAAAUGUGCUGGGUGUUUGUUUUAAGGAAAUUGGGGGGUAUUCCGGAAAGCUGGUUAUGUGACAUACCCAGGUAUGUUUUAAUUUCGAAUGUCUUUAUGUAGUCCCCGUGUGUGCGUAUUAACUUUCGGUUACCAGUAGGAGGUUGACUGAACUAACUCUUAACAGGUGUUUUGGAACCAAAAGUUCAGGGUUUCGCUGAUGGUAUGUUAAUCCCGGUUUCUGGAAUACACCCCUGAACUGAAAUCAAACUGAACUGUUAUGGUGCAUUUAAAUAUUGGGGCACCAUUGAACCUGCUGUUUGACAGCAUAAACAACAUUGUUGUUGUUGUUGACAAUGUUGAUUACCCUUUAUAUAUGUUGUGUUUGUGCCUUAAAUUAUGCCUUAAAGGGCCUGCAGGAAACCUCUUACAUGAGCAUAAUUUGUUGUUUUGUCUACUUUUUUUAGAUCAAUUUAAUUAUUUGUUUGAGGUGUUGAAUGUUUGAAAAGGGGUGGAGUUAAUUCUAAUAGAAGAAAUAAUAUUAUGGGUAAAUGUUGUUUUAAAGCAGUAAUUAUCUGUAAUUGUAUUUAUUAUUAAGUGAGGCUUAAUAAAAUGGUUUCAAUCUUUUUUUACUUUGUUUAUUCGACGUUUUCAUGUAUUGGGAGAUUGUGUGUGUGGAAUUAUUCUGCCCCCUCGUGGCUGGAAAUUGUAAUAUUACAAACACAAGGUAAUAAAACUGCCACAAGAUGUCAAA